GGGGACAAAGUCAUCAAACUCCAUCAAAAUUCGUAAAAACCGUUGGAAAUCACACAUGAGAUUUUUCCUCGGAUUUUCCAGAUUUUACAGAGAAUUUUAAGAUAUUUUUAUUUUGAUUAAGCUUAUUUUGAAAUCCAGUCCCUCUAGGGUUGUUGGAGAAAGUCUCAGGAGCUGUGUUAACUUUUUUUUUAAACAGAGAAUGACAAGUCCCUGCGUCAGCUGUAGAAAGUUUCCCUCUCCGAAAUCUAUACAUUCUCAGGACCCGAACACUUUAGACGAGUUAGCAAUCGUGUGAGCCGAGAAAUAAAUUCCACCAAUCGCAGCACGGAAAAUUGUUUGACCUGCUAACGGCCGACAAAUACAGUUGGGGUUUGCGCUUGGAUUUUUAAUAAGUGACAAUUUUCCUGAAUUUUCUUCAAUUUUUCACCGCAGAUCAUGGCAACAAGGAAACGUCCUGUCAAGAUUGAUGAGAAUGAGACAGAUAGGGCAGCUAGGAAUCGGCUGGUGAAGAAUGAUGAUGCCCCAAGGGCAACAAGACGUGCUGCACUGGGUGAUGUGGGCAAUAGAGUCCUGAGACCCUCGGUAAAUUCAGUCAAAGAGGCACAAAGUGGAUUUAGCAAAUUGCCGGAUCUGAAGAAUGUGAAGCCGAAAGUGGAUACACAUUGGAAGAAGUCGGAGGCUGUGGGGAAGUUGAAGAGUCAGGUGGAGCAGAAGAAAAAGGUUGAGAAGAUUCCCUGCGCUGCACCAAAAUACACAAAAGUCAAUGUGGUCAAGGUGGUAUUUGAUAAGGCUCCAAAGAGUCCCACAUUAGCACCUCUGGCUAAGCCGGAACCAGAUUUCAGGGAUGAAGUGGAAGAGGAGGAUGUAGCUGGGUCGAGUUACUCGAAUGAUCUCGUGAGUCAGGUCGUGGAUAUUGAUGCUGAUGACCAUGAGAAUCUCCUGCACAUGACAGAAUACGUCAAUGAUAUUUUUGACUACAUGGGCACACUUGAGGUCAAAUAUCCCAUUGAAAGAGAUUUCCUGGCCAAUCACGUGGAUAUCAGGCCAAGGAUGCGCACGGUUUUGAUUGAUUGGAUCAAUGAGGUCCACUAUGAGUGUCGUCUGGUUCCGGAGACCUAUCACAUGGCCGUGUCCCUGAUUGAUAGGUAUCUCCAGGCGACUAAAAAUAUCUCACGGAAAUUGCUGCAACUCGUGGGCAUUACGGGGCUAUUCCUGGCCAGUAAAUACGAAGAAGUCUGUCCACCGUCUAUCUUUGACUUUGUCCACUUUGCCGAUAAUGCCUACACGGACGGACAAGUGCGACAGAUGGAAAUGAACAUCCUGCACAAACUGGACUUCAAUAUGGGACGCCCACUGCCAAUUCAAUUCCUCCGGCGCUUCUCCAAAGCAGCCGCUGCCACGGAGACCAUUCACGGCGUUGCCAAAUACUUCACAGAAGUCAUUUCCAUGGAGUACACCAUGGUUCACUUGAAUCCUUCCAAAGUGGCUGCUGUGUCCAUCUAUCUGGCCCUGAGACUCUUCAGGCAAUCUGAUGAUGUCUGGAGCCCAACUCUUCAGCACUACACCAAGUACCAAGAGAACCAGCUAACCACUGUCGCCAAGGAUCUAGCCACACUUGUCCUGGAAGCGCCAACUUCCAAAUUCCGGAGUGUCUACAAGAAGUACGCGGACAAGAAAAUGGGCGCCGUAGCAAAACUUCCGGAAUUGCAAAGAGGCAUAAUUAAGAAGAUUGCUCUCUCCGACUAAUCCUCUACCCCAAAACCCCCUUUUUCUUGUCCAAAAACCAAUAGAAAUUCUCAAUUUUCCUUUUUUUUCAAUUUUAUUUAAUCUAUUUUUCUAUUCUCGUACAUCUGUUUUUUUUUUAAAUCCUCAUCUUAUAAUUCUUGUAUUUUUUUCUUCAUUUUUUUAAACUCUUUCGGGUGGAGAAUGCUAAGUCAGAUAAUCACAUUUAACUCGGUUUGAGAGUGUCUCCUAAGAAUUACUUUUUUUUGACUGGUAGGGAUUAAUAUUAGAACCAUCUUUGUAUAAAAUUUCCAUUAAAAAAAAAGAAGGAAGCAUCUCGAGAGAAAGCUCGCGUGUUGCAUUCUAAACUGUCGUAAGUUUUUGCAAUUUAUUAUUUUUUUUUCAACAAAAUUAAUGUCAAUUUGUAUCAAAAAUUAUAUUUUGUAGCCAAAUAAAGUGCUGAUAAAAUUGA